AUGUCUCGUCGUCGAAUAUCCCACAGCGAAAUGAACGAGGCCCUCGCCUACCCCUUCAUACAAUCCAACGGUCAAUCCAACGGCCAACCCCCUAGUCGAGGUCCCAUCGAAGGUCCCGAUGGCCGUCGUCUCAUCCGUCGCGUCACAUGGCGCUCCUCCACAUACAAACUCAUGGCAACCCUCUGGGUCCUGGCCGUCCUCUACAUCGUCUGGCUAGUCCGCGACCUCUUCUUACCCUCCGAAUCCGAAUCCGAAUCGUCCCCUCCUGCUCAACCGAAACAAAAUUAA